CAAAAACACCUUCCUUCGUCAUAUAGAGUGAGGGAGCCAACAUCGAAGUCUUACCAUUGAAAGACGCCUGUCGUUCAUCUUCUAGGUCUUCGUCUGUGGCGCAAGAGAGCUCUCAACCAUGGGAUGCCUGAUAUUGUACUACAUUGACUGACAUUGAAGAAACGAAAUCUCCCAUAACAAAAUCGUGCUUAUAUCAAAAUCACUCAAGGCUCAAGUGGAAACCGUUCUCCACCCAAUUAAGUCGCCGUAUCUCAGCGCCUCUCCUACCUAACAAAGUGGAGCAAUCCUCUCCCUAAGAGGAACAAUGUUGAACAAGGAAUGGAUAAAAAGUGAUAAUAGAGUCAGUAUUGAGUAUAGAGAAGGGAUUGAUGCAUUUAUUGGUUUUGUAUCUCGUCAGGGAGGAGAUAGUGAAAGAAUUAGGUGUCCUUGUAAUAAAUGUAGGAACACUGCAUUCAAAUCUACAGCUGAAGUAAGGCUGCACUUAUUGGGAAAUGGAUUCAAUAAAAGUUAUAUGACAUGGAUUCUUCAUGGAGACAAGUUAAAUGCCUCAACAGAAGCUUCCAAUGUUAAUUGUGAUGAGAAUUUGAAUGAGGAUGUCCAAAUGGAUGAUGUUGAUGAUUUAAUUGGGCUAGUUCAUGAUGCAUAUGCAUUUGAAAAUGUGAAUACUUCUCAAACUCAUGAAGAAAUGUUUGGUGAAACCCCGAAUGAUGAGGCUAGCAAGUUUUAUAAGCUACUAAAAGAUGCUACUGUGGAACUUUAUCCGAGCUCUAAAGUCUCAAAAUUAUCUUUUAUUGUGAAAUUCCUAAACCUUAAGACUCUUCACAAUUUGACAGGCAAUGCAGCAGAUGCUGUGUUAAACUUUUGCAAAGAGAUUCUACCUAGUAAUGCUUUGGUUCCAAAUUCAUAUUAUGAGGCACGGGCCAUCAUUCGAGAUUUAUGUCUUGACUAUGAAAAAAUUGAUGCUUGCAAGAAUGAUUGUGUAAUGUUUUGAGAAGAACAUAAAGAUGCACAGUGUUGUCCAGUUUGCGGUUUAUCUAGAUGGAAGGUAGUGAAUCGUAAACAUAAAAUUCCUCAUAAGAUUUUGCGUAAUUUUCCACUUAAAGGUAGAUUGCAGAAGUUAUAUAUGUCAAAAAAAACUGCAAAGGACAUGAGAUGGCAUGAGCAGAGGCGUGUUGAUGAUGGGAUAUUAAGACAUCCAGCAGAUUCUAUUGCUUGGAAAUCGUUUGAUGAGCAACACAAGUCUUUUUCUGAGGAUCCAAGGAACAUACGACUUGGUUUAGCAAGUGAUGGGUUCAAUCCUUAUGGGAACAUGAGCACUUCAUACAGCAUUUGGCCAGUCGUGCUAGUUCCAUAUAACUUACCUCCUUGGUUAUGCAUGAAGCAACCUUACUUCAUGAUGACACUUCUUAUUCCAGGACGUAAAUGUCCAGAAAAUGACAUAGAUGUCUACUUACAGCCUUUGAUCAAAGAGUUAUUGGAGCUUUGGGAGGUUGGGGUUCAUACAUAUGAUGCAUAUGCACAACAAAAUUUCCAGUUACAUGCUGCUGUAAUGUGGACCAUUAAUGAUUUUUCGGCAUAUGAUAACUUAUCUGGAUGGGUGACUAAAGGAAAACUAGCUUGUCCAUGUUGCCAUAAAGACACUAGCUAUCUUUCAAUCAGAAGCAAGCUAUGUUAUAUGGGCCACCGUCAUUUCUUGCCAAUUGAUCAUCCUUGGAGACGUAAUAAGGGAUCAUUCAAUGGAGAAAUUGAGGAUCGGCUUGCACCUCAAAUGUUGACAGGAGAUGGAGUAUUAGACCAAUUAUGUUUCUUUAAAGGUGUUAUAUUUGGUAAAGGCCAAAAAAGAAAGCGCAUUGACUGUGAUAAUGUCUACAAUUGGAAAAAGAAGAGCAUUUUCUUUCAACUUCCUUAUUGGAAAACCCUUCAAUUACGUCAUAAUCUUGACGUUAUGCAUAUUGAACGUAACGUUUCAAAUAAUGUUCUUGGAACUUUGAUGAACAUGGCAGGAAAGACAAAAGACACAAUUAAGAGCCGUUAUGAUUUAGUAGACAUGGGCAUCAGAGAAACUCUUCAUCCUCAUGUUGAAGGAAAUAAGAUAAUAUUGCCUGCAGCGUGCUAUGUCUUACCUCCAAGUGCAAAGAUCAAAUUUUGUAAUUUUUUGGCAAAUCUAAGAGUUUCGGAUGGUUUCUUGUCAAAUAUAUCAAGAUGUGUGAAUGUUGGUGAGAAGAAGAUUCAUGGUUUAAAGUGUCAUGACCAUCAUGUAUUUUUUCAACGAAUACUUCCACUUUCUAUCACGGGGUUACUUCCAAAAGAGGUGUGUGAGCCAUUGACUGAGUUAAGCAACUUUUUCAAUAACUUAUGUUCAAAGUCAUUACGGCUUGAAGAUUUAGACCAACUCGAAGAGCAUAUUCCUAGGACACUAUGCAAGUUAGAAACAAUAUUUCCACCAGCCUUUUUUGAUGUGAUAAUCCACUUGCCAAUUCACUUGGCAAAGGAGGCUAAAAUUGCUGGGCCUGUGAACUAUAGAUGGAUGUAUCCAAUUGAAAGGUAUCUACGUACACUUAAGAAAUAUGUUCGCAAUAAAGCUCGUCCAGAAGGAUCAAUCGCAGAAGGAUACAUAUUGGAUGAAUGCUCUAAGUUUUGUGCUAGAUACCUUAAUAGCAUGGAAACAAAAUUUAAUAAGGCACCAAGAAAUGAUGAUGGUGGUAUCUCGAAUCAUGGCUUGUCAAUUUUUAGAAAAUUUGGUCGUCCUAAAGGAGCUUACAUAUUGUAUGAGUUAAGUUUCGAAGAAUAUGAUCAAGCUCGUAUGUAUGUGCUCCAAAAUUGUGAUGAAGUCUGGCCUUUUAUCGAGGAGCAUAAAACUGAAAUUUCAAUGCUAAGCCAAAGAAAUGCAUUGGAAAGGCAUUACAAAGAGUUUCACACCUGAUUUUAUCAUCGUGUAUCAAAGCUACAUGCAGAUGGGCAUGCAACAUAUGAGCUACUUAGUUUGGCUACUGGUCCUUUAAGAACGACACGUCGAUAUUCCACAUUCAUUAUUAAUGGUUUUCGAUUUCAUACCAAAGAUCGUGCCACGGAGAGAACAAGUCAGAAUAGUGGAGUUUUAGUGAAAGGAGAUGAUUCUUCCCCAGAAAAAGAGUAUUAUGGCAUUUUAAAAGAUGUUUUUGAACUAUCUUAUGUAGGAGGACGAAAAGUGUUUCUCUUUAGGUGUCAUUGGUGGGAUGUGGGGCGACUUGGAAGAGGAUAUAAGAUCGAUAAAUAUGGCUACACAAGUGUCAAUGUGAAUGGGACAUUAAACAGUAGAUGAUGAACUAGACGAUGAUCACUUUGAGAUUGAGUUUGAUGACUAGUCGAACUCUGAUAAUUAGUUUUCUAUUAAGCUGAUUUUUGAAGAAGCUGAUUUUUGAAGAAUACUAUUAUCCUUUAUAUUUUGUAGUAUUUCAAUUUUUCCCUAGCUACUUUGGAAAAAAUUGUGAAUGGUGAAUAUAUUUCCCUUUGUUUGUUAUUGGAUUUACUUUGCCCGUCAUAUAUCGUGAAAAUCAGUGAAUAAAUUCUGGUUUAUGUUAUUACGUUAUAUUUUAGCCAUCACAUUUAAGAAACAGUUUUUUGGGAGAUUUAUUCACCUAAGAUAUUUCAUAUUUACAGGCUAGUGAUGGGAUGAAUGAUGCGCCCUCUUUGGCUCUAGCUGAUAUCAGUAUUGCUCUGCGGAUAAUCAAGUAGCCUUCCAUCUAACUAUUGAGGAGUAGAUAAUGGUAUGUACUCGAGGAGCAAGUGUCGUACGAGUUACACGAGGUGAACGUGUAAGAUGGUCUCCGAGGAAAAUUAAUAAUAGAGACAUAUCCACAAAUGAAAAUGAAG